AUGAAUUUGCCAGACGGCAAUCAGUUAGUACGCGAAAGUUCCGGUUAUAUUGAAGAGCAAAAUAGCAUACGGAAAAAAAUGGGUGUGCAUGCAAAACUGACGUGGAUUGCAUUAUUUUUUUGUCUGGGUUUGAUUGCUUUGGCCCAUUGUAUACCGAUCGAAAUCAUCUAUACCGGUCAAGGCUGUGAAUACCCGUCAAAAUUGGACUAUUCCGUAAAUGUGCCGAGUGUGCCGAAACCAAAGAAAUACAUACCCAAUGAAUACGGUUAUAGAGUUGAUGUACCAACACCGCGUCAAGCAAAAGCGAAAGUUACGUACAGUUUUGAUUUCUCGGUCGAAGAGCCACGUCCACCGAAACCUGUUAAGCCCACCACUAAAUUAAAUCUGUUCGCCAAGGUCGAUCGUAUAGCAAUGAAUAAGGGCGAUUAUGAAGAUAGUUACGCCGCACCAUCUGCGCCGUCUGCCUGCCGUUGUGGACAAUGCGGCAUCUCCAACCCGCUCUAUAGGUAUGUAUUUAAUAAUAUGGCACCUACAUGCAACUGCCGACGUCCGAACUGCCAAUGUAAUCGAAGUCGUGCGACAUCAACUCCCUACUCGACAAAUGCGAUUUUUAUGGGUCCUCCAUUAAGUGACUUGAUGCCUUUAUCAAAGCCUUUGAAAGCUGGUGAUGGCAAUGGCAACGGAGAUGACGGAUAUGUCAAUAACGGCAGUGGCGGUGUGGGGGCUGGCGCUGUUAAUACACGUCGUAAACGCGAUUUGCAACACACUCUCUUUCGGCCACGAAAGCUUACUUCUGAACGAUCAGGUCGUUUUGUUAAGUUAUAUCACAAGAACUUGUCCGAAAAGCCACAUCGUUUGUUUAACUUUGAAGGCCCCGCCAAUAAACGACAACACUCUCAACAAAUACCGAAGAAAAUGAAGCGUAAGGCGAAGAAGACACACUACACACAUCAACGCUCACGGCUCGUGAAGCGCGACAUCAAGGGUGAGUACGAAAUGCUAGAAAAGGAACGUGAGCAGAUGGAUCUGACUUUACCUGAAAUCAUACAAUUUAUGCCCGAAACAUUGCAGCCCAAUUUUAAAAGGGGUCAAUGUUAUUUUGGUUGCGGUUCACAGCGGUCCAACCAGUCCAAGCGACCUCAAAGUAACCCCGGCACUACCAACGACAGCAACUACAGUCCCAGCUCAACCGAAUACAGCGUCAAUAGUAAGCAGGUCAGCAUAGACAAUCCCGCCGUUAUCACUACAUACACUGACAACAACAACAAUAGCAGGAAAGAUGGCAUCAUCGACAUGAGCCUAGAUGUGACCACAAACGGAGAUGUAGGCCUAAGCGGUGAUGUAGACACGGAUGGAGAUAUAGACACAGGCGGAGAUGUAGACACAGGCGGAAAUGUAGACACAGAUGGAGAUGUAGACACAGGUGGAAAUGUAGACACAGGCGGAGAUGUAGACACAGAUGGAGAUGUAGACACAGGCGGAAAUGUAGACACAGGCAGAGAUGUAGACACAGACGGAGAUGUAGACAUAGGCGGAAAUGUAGACACAUACACAACCAUAGAUAACGCGCAAUUUCCCCAGCACGGGAAAGCAACAAGCAUCGAAGAAAGUCUGCUCAACGAAAUCAAAGACUCUUCCGCACAAAAUGCCAUUAGCACUUCAUGCACAAAGCGCAAUGCGGCAAACUACAAUUCCGGUAGGUCAACGCCAUCAGCUGAAUCAGCGUACUCCAGAUGUAGAAUGUGCAUGCCGACAUUGCUAAAGAAAAGAGCUGACCGCGCACAUUUGUCAACAGUGCCACCGAUUUCCAUUAACCCAAUUUAUAAGCCGCAAAAACCAACGUACGCGAAAACUGCAUAUUCAGCAGCACCGCCAACAGCUCAUGCGGCGACGUCGCGCUACUUUUACGAUAACAUCGGUCGCAAAUACUUAAAAAAUAAUGACCAAUCGCGUGAUGUGGGUUCUACAAUUUCGGUGCCAGACCCAGUGGACGGGCGCGCUAUGCAUCUGCGGUAUGACGGCGAUUUAGAAGCACACCCAUGGGUCUACUCCAGUUAUCCGCAAGAUGAGUUGUCAGUUUUAUCAGCUCAACACUAUCCAGUGCAAUAUAUUAAUAAUGAACAAUUAGAUCAAAUAAUCGCAGACAUUCUGUUUCGACAUCCAGCAUUCAUGGAAGCCACAUCACACCUUGAUGGCUCGUUAGUGGAUCCCGAACCGUUGCAAGAGCAGGAAACGAAGGAGUUUAUUAAAAAACUUAUCGAAGGCCGGUUGAGUCUACGGUUUGGUCAAGAAUAUGACCAUGAUGAUGCACAGCUGGACCCCCAACUACCGUCGCUGUUCUAGAUACCAACAACAACAAUAUUUUUUUCUGUUUUUUAUUUUAAAAUUUGGUUUAACAAAUUUUAGCAUUCUACUAAAGGAUCCUGAGGAUCCUGUUUCCCUAAUUAGUAAUAAUAGCUGUACAAAGAAAUGUAAAUUGAAUUGUAACUAGUUAUAAUAAACUUUCAGCUGCUAUAUUAUUUUUAAAUCGAUA